UUUCUGUUUAUUUGCGUGAGAUUUUUUAUACGAAAUUUACACAGUGUGAUUGUAAAGCAAAUUUCUUUUCGUUCGACGUACUUGAACUAAUAUAAAAAAUUURUUGUCCGUGUGCCAAAAUAAUAUUUAUUAGAAUAAAAAUAGUCUCUUCGUGCAAGAAAUAGAUUUUGCAAAAAGUGUAAAUAGAAAAGAUGAAAAGCAAAAAAAUCAAUUUCUCUAAACAAAGUUGCGGUUUUAACAAAAAAUAAUUUGUGUUUGUUAGAAACCCUCGGAGGAGAGCCCAGUCUCUGGCGGUUGGUUCCAACAUUAGAUCGUGUAUUUUCAGUGAAUUGUCGCAUUUUAGUCUUCGUGUAGCUUUCAUGUUCGAUUAACAURCACAUAUUUCGCACGUGAAGACAGCAUUCCCUGUUUGCAGUGCCGCAGUGUUGCAAGAACCACCAAAUCGAUCAUUCGGCGCCGCAUAAAUUAGAUUGUACAUUUCGGAUCUCUUUGCCGCACUCGUAUUUCGUUAAGACGUCUACGGAUACUGUUUCGGCUACGUUUUUUAGCACCGUUUUUUUCUUGUUCCGCUGCUUUUGGUAGUAUCGAUAGUCCACACGAAGCUUAAGCUGUGAUAUAAUUUAACAAAAUUGAAGAAAGUGAAGUUUUUAGUGCAAAAAUUAAUUAACAAAAAUUUAGUGUUGUGCAAAUUUCAUAAACAGCUGACACUAGUGAGUACAAAUAGUGUUUCAAGCGCUCCAGCAAACGCAAUAACGCACAGCAAAUCGCUUUGCCAACGCCAGCAAAGUCUUACUACUUAACGGUUUUGCAACUCGCACACGUUGCCCGUCAGCGGCCAUUAACGGUACGAAAAUUGCUCAAGAAAAGGUACGUCUGCCCUUUCCGAUACCACGGUACACUACCAUGAAUAAGACCACACUCCACUGGAGUUAUUUAAACUUCAAGGAUGUGCCAAUGGAUCUCUAUCUCUAUGAAGACCUCGAAGAGGUGUACCUGAAGGAGAAUUUCAUCACCACAAUUCCCAAAUGGCUGCUGAAUGUUACGACGCUAAAGUUCAUCCACUUGGCUGGCAAUAAUUUGAGCGCGAUUCCUGAGGAAAUGUAUCUGUUGGAAAAUCUGGAGUUUCUCGACGUCUCCAACAAUCAAAUACGUGAACUUCCGAAGACUAUUGGACUUAUGGACCGCUUACAACGCCUAAAUGUGAGUGGCAACGAGCUGACCGAGCUGCCYCCUGAAAUUGGUGCGCUGAAACAACUCGAAGAGCUCAACAUAUCCAAGAAUCAUCUUCAACGACUGCCAAUACAGCUAAGCGAAUGUCAGCGCCUAAACGUGCUCAACCUCAAUGAUAAUGUCAACAUCUGGCAUAUACCCGAGCGAAUCUCCAACCUGCCAUCACUACAAUCGCUAUCAGCGGAUCGUUGUGCACUUUUUUACCUGCCAGUGGCACUUUCUAAGUUCGUAAAUCACGUCCGCAUAUUUCACAACACUUCCAUUACUCAUGUGCCCAUGAUCUAUGAGAAGCCYUUUCAAACUUUCUAUGACAAUCGCGCAAAAGUAACACCCCCCGCUGUGACACACGACAGUUUCUUCUGGGUGUUGGAAAARGAGACCAAUACUAGACUACUACUGCCCUUCGGAACACGUCGCAUCUUUUGUGUGCCGUCGCUAGACAAUCAAGUCACACUUUACGACGAUUGUUUAAGGGCAGUGCAGUAUCUGAGUCGCUACAUGCCAUUGUGGGAGAAUGUGGCGCUGAAGCAAAUGCUACCGGAGAAGUUCAUCUACAAUCAUAUUGUGAAUGGACCGACUGCCCGCUGUACAGUGCUGAAUUGUUCCAACCCCUUGUACACCACCUACUACUUCAUGGCUGUGAAACGGCGUGGCAGCUCAUCGAAACAAAUUUUCACCUGUUACUUUUGUUCAAAUCACUGUGCGAAUUUGUGGCUGUUGGCGAAUGGCAAGAAAUACUAUCAGCUGGAAUGGGAAGUGUGUGAGGAUUAAUGUGUUCGCAGCGUUACCGCUCAAACCUUGUAAACACUGAUGUACAUAUAAUGGUCGAGAAAUUAAUAUAGUUUAAUUAGUAAACGGCUAAGAAAAUAAAUUUAAGUAGACGAAAUCAA